AUGAAGCCGCUCAGUCCAGAUGCCACUCUCGGCGAGGUGCCGGACUUCCCGCAUGACUUGCAGUCGGACCAGUCAACAUACAAGGGGCGCUUCCUUCACUUUCUCUCCAUGACGGACCCUCGCACCCUCCUCACGUCGCCGACACGGCUAGCGCUGAGCGAGGCGCUGCUUGAGCGCGUCGAUAGCCGUAAAGAGGGUUGGGCCACGGUGAGGGUAGCCGACUACCUCGACGCGCGGCAACGAGUGCAGUGCAUUGUCCACCCCGAGUCGAAGAAGCCCAUCCUCAUGCCGUUCCGGUUCUCCGCGUUUGUGCCCAUGAACUUCAUCAACCUCUGUGGGAUGCUGGCGCCAUCGCAGCAGACACCGGCACGGGCCGUGUUCUGGCAGCUCUCGAACCAGACAUACAACGUCGGCUUCAACUACUGUAACGCCAGCGGCAAGGACGGGCUGCCGCUGCAUGAACUAGCGAUGGGCUACGUCGUAGCUACCUGCACGGCGUGCGGCACCUCGUACCAGCUCGGCAAGGUCGCCUCCGCUGUGUCGGCGUCUACAUCGGCGGCGGCAAUGUUCCUGAAGCUAAUCAUCCCGUAUACCGCCGUGGCGUGUGCAAACAUGGCGAACCUCGGCGUCAUUCGGUUCCGCGAUGUGCUGUGCGGCAUCACCGUGCAGGACACGGAGACGGGCGAGGACCUGAACGGCGGGAAGCCAUCCGCCGUGGCUGGUCGCCUCGCUGUGGCGCAGGUGGCGCUCAGUCGCGUCAUGAUUCCUGUGCCGCUGAUGCUUCUGCCGCCGGUGUUGAUGAACUUUCUCUUCCACCCGGCAAAUGGUGUACGUUUCUUCGUGCAGCACCGCGCGCGGCUGUACCUGCCGGUGAAUGUGCUGACGCUGGUCAGCAUGUUGUGCGUCGCACUACCGAUGAGUGUUGCCGUGUUUCCACAGAGAACAGUGGUGCCAGUGAGCUGGCUAGAGGCGUCAUUCCGAGGUCAGACGAACGCCGCCGGCCACGCCAUCACACACGUCACGUUUAACAAGGGCCUCUAG